CAGUUUUUCUCUCAGUUCAGCUUCAGUCAACCACCGUCAGUUCUUCGAGACACACGCCGACAACCUCCUCCCUUCCGACUUCAUUCUUGUUCUUAGUUCAGGUGGAUACAAACUACAUUUUCCGGAUCCCCCCUGGUAUCCUUCUUGGGUUCGAGUAUAUCCUGGAUAUAUUGAUUGAAGAAUGUGAAUGUAUCCAAGUACUAGAAUGCCAAUGAUCGAGGAAAGGAUGGAACACCUUGUCCUGGCGAGGUGGCCGACCUCGGAGCCCACCCUCAAGUCGGAGUUCAAGGAGUCGGAGUUGAUCCUGGAGGGCGGAGUUCUAACCCUCUCCACCAGAUGUAAAAGUAGGGAGCUGGAGAACCAACCCUGCAGGACGGAGAUACAUAAUAUAGAGUAUUUUCUUAAUAAAUCAUUAAGUGAGUUGAUAGAGCACUGCCUGGUGGGAUCUGAACCUAUCCCUGAACCCAUUCUAAACCUUCCUCCUCUUCAUACAGAGUGCAUGAGUUCCACCCCUUCUAUACAACACAUUAAACAACUACUCCUAGAUGGCUGUGAUCCAAACCAAAUAAGUUCUCAAGGACUCCCUCCCCUACACACCCUACUCCAGGCAGAGCACUCCUCCUCUGUUCCGCUCCUACCCCUGGUUGAUUUACUCCUAAGCUCCGGAGCUAGCCUGGAGCUACGGGACUCCCAGGGUAACACUCCUUUAAACUGCCUGGAGUAUCUCCUACCUCAGGAAAGAACGGAAGAGGCAGCAGAGAUCUGUCAGCUUAUGCUCUCCUCUUCUAGACAAUCUUGUGAUGUGAACUCUAUAAACUUCAAGGACCGGAGUCUACUCUCCUGUAGUGUAUCCUACCUGGAUAAAUCCGCCGAGCUGACCAGAGUUCUCGUAAACCACGGAGGUCAGGUCUGGCCCCGGCCGGCUCCGUCAGCUCCAAUAACCGUAAGCGCACUGGAUCAUGACCGAGAACAGUCAGCGUUUACUUGGUUUCUACGCGCCGUGGUUCAAGCUAAUAGUUUAGAAGGAGCAGAUAAUACCCUAACCUGCCUCUGUCAUGAGAUGGGUCGGGAUCCAGGGAGGAUGAAGAGCCACGUGAGCAGGAUAAUGCUGAGCGAAGGAAAGCAUCCUCGUGUGUUGGGACCUCUCUACGCUCAGCUCAGACUAGCGAUGAUUCCAUUCUGGAGUGAGCCACAGCAAUUGCGGUAUUUAGCCUGGAACUCCAUACGGAAAAGUAUCGGACCUAAAAGAUUAAAUCGUGGAUCAAAACAGCUCGGACUUCCCUCUCCUCUCAGGAAAUAUCUCACAUUAUCCUCAUCCAAACCCAGAGAAUGAGAUAUCCCCCCAUUUACCUUGAUCUCAGGGUUGUCAGAUCUCAACCAAUCCCAACUUUCCGGUCUCAUGGAUCUCAAAACUUAUCCAAAGAUGAAGAGAGAGGAGAAAGAGAUGUAGCUGCCUAAUCUUCCUUUAUUCCCUUAGCGCAAUUAUAGAAGCGAUUGACUGGAGUUGUCCAGUGAAAACACUAGUGUAAAACAUACUACGAGCUCUGUAUAAAUCUUUACACAUUGAGAAACAUUACUCCGAGCUCUUUAUAAAACUAGACACCUAGAAAAACAUUUCUCCGAGCUCUGUGUAGAGCUAUGCACCAAGAAAACAUUACCCCGAAUUCUGUGUAGAGCUAUACACCAAGAGAAACAUUACUCCAAGCCCUGUGUAUAGCUAGACACCUCGAGAAACAUUUCUCUGAGCUCUGUGUAGAGCUAAACACCUCGAGAAACAUUUCUCUGAGCUCUGUGUAUAGCUAGACACCUAGAGAAACAUUUAUACGGAUUCGAAUGUUCUUGAAACGGAUAUUAUAGUUAGUUCGAUUUACAAAUGGCAAUAUGAACCAUGAACUAGCUAGUUAAAUAAACCAUGUACUAGCUAGCUAAAUGAGCCAUGUACUAGCUAGCUAAAUGAGCCAUGUACUAGCUAGCUAAAUGAGCCAUAAACUAGCAAGCUAAAUAAACCAUGUACUAGCUAGAUAAAUGAGCCAUGUUCUAGCAAGCUAAAUAAACCAUGUACUAGCUAGCCGAAUGAACCAUGUACUAGCUAGCUAAAUGAGCCAUGUAUUAGCAAGCUAAAUAAACCAUGUACUAGCUAGCUAAAUGAGCCAUGUACUAGCAAGCUAAAUAAACCAUGUACUAGCUUGCUAAAUGAGCCAUGUACUAGCAAGCUAAAUAAACCAUGUACUAGCUAGCUGAAUGAACCAUGUACUAGCUAGCUCAAUGAGCCAUGUACUAGCUAGUUAAAUAAACCAUUACUUGCUAGCUAAAUGAGCCAUGUACUAGCUAGCUAAAUAAACUAUGUACUAGCUAGUUAAAUAAACCAUGUACUAGCUAGUUAAAUUAACCAUGUACUAGCUAGCUAAAUGAACCAUGUACUAGCUAGCUAAAUAAACCAUGUGCUAGUUAGUUAAAUGAACCAUGUAUUAGUUAGCUAAAUGAACCAUGUAGUAGAUAGCUAAAUGAACCAUCUACAAGCUAGCUAAAUAAACUAUGAUCUAGCUGGCUAAAUAAACUAUGAUCUAGCUGGCUAAAUAAACCAUGUACUAGCUAGUUAAAUGAACCAUGCACUAGCUAGAUAAAUAGACCAUGUACUAGCAAGCUAAAUAAACCAUGUACUAGCUAGUUAACUGAGCCAUGUACUAGCUAGUUAAAUAAACCAUGCACUAGCUAGAUAAAUGGACCAUGUACUAGCUAGCUAAAUAAACCAUGUACUAGCAAGCUAAAUGAACCAUGUACUAGCUAUAGCUAAAUGAACUAUGUACUGGCUAUAUAAAUAAACCAUGUACUAGCUAGCUAAAUGAACCAUGUACUAGCUAGAUAAAUUAACCAUGUACUAGCUAGCUAAAUGAACCAUGUACUGACUAAAUGAAAUUAUGUACUAGCUAAAUGGACUAUGUACUGGCUAAAUGAACUAUGUACUGGUAAAUUAACUAUGUACUGGCUAAAUGGACUAUAUACUGGCUAAAAGAACAUAUGUACUAGCUAAAUGAACUUUGUACUGGUAAAUGAACUAUAUUCUUUCUAAAUGAAAUACUAGCAAAAUGAAACUAAUUGUACUUGUUAUAAAUGGGUUUUACCUGUCUCUUACAGUGCCCCCUGGUGAUCACUUUUGUCUUUGUUUUUUUUACAAAUGGAAAUUUUUUCCAUAUUUUUUACAGACUGAAAUUUCACUGCCGUCACAUUGCAGCAUUGCUGUUAUGAACAAUAUUUGUAUAGAUUCCAUAGUUAAUUAAUUGUACAGAUUUGGCGCAUUUGUGGUCUUCAAUUUGGUAACUUUCAGUGUACAAUGUACACAGUUCAACAAAUAAACUUCACUGAAAGGUUUUUGUGUACAAACUGAAGGUUUUGAUCUGCAAAAUCUGUAUAUUUCUUGAUCUAUGAUUGUUGCCAAACUUAUGGAUUACCUGUAGCCUAUUCCUCAGUAUGCAGGGUAUAGUAGAAAGGGAAUAUUAAACCCUGAACCUAAUAAAUUUUCCGGUGAAUAUAAAUAAUGCCUUCUCAUUGAAAUAAAUAUAAAUUCAGAGAAAU